AUGUCGAACUUCCUCGCAUCUGCUCCCGAGCCGGCCACCGAGCUGGGCAGAAUGCGGGUUCUUUCUUCCACCGCCGGGCUUCGCGUCUCAUCCCUGGCUCUCGGCGCCAUGUCAAUUGGUGAAGCCUGGGCGGAGGCAAUGGGCGCGAUGAACAAGGAGCAGUCUUUCAAGCUUCUGGACGCAUACUAUGAAGCAGGCGGCAACUUCAUCGAUACUGCAAACAACUACCAGGAUGAGCAGUCGGAAACCUGGAUCGGCGACUGGAUGGCUGAGAGAAAGAACCGUGACCGCAUGAUUAUCGCUACCAAAUACACUUCCGACUUCAGGAGCCAUCUGUACGGCAAGGGGAACACGGCAAACUUCAUGGGCAACCACCGUCGCAGCCUGCAUCUCAGCGUUGAGGCGUCUUUGAAGAAGCUCCAAACGGAUUUCAUCGAUAUUUUGUAUGUGCACUGGUGGGACUACACAACUUCUAUCAAGGAGAUUAUGGAUUCCCUGCAUAUUCUGGUCGAACAAGGAAAGGUGCUUUAUCUCGGUAUCUCCGACACCCCUGCCUGGGUCGUCAGCGCAGCCAACACAUAUGCCAUCGAUCAUGGAAAGACGCCUUUCAGUGUCUACCAGGGUCGUUGGAGUGUGAUGCACCGAGAUUUUGAGCGGGAUAUUCUGCCGAUGGCUAGGAUGUUUGGCAUGGCCUUGUGCCCGUGGGAUGUCUUGGGCUCGGGCAAGUUCCAGACCAAGAAGGCGAUCGAGGAGCGUAAGAAGAAUGGCGAGGGCUUGAGAUCAUUCGUCAGCACAGGCGAGCAAACGGAGUUGGAGAUCAAGAUCAGCGAGGCUUUGGCCAAGGUAGCGAGCGAGCACGGAACCGAGAGCGUGACGGCUAUUGCGCUGGCUUACGUUCGCAGCAAGGCGCCGAAUGUUUUCCCAAUCGUGGGCGGCAGGAAGGUCGAGCACUUGAAGCAGAACAUCGAGGCCCUCAAGAUCAAGCUCACCGACGAGCAGAUUGCCUAUUUGGAGAGCGUCAAGCCGUUUGAUGUUGGGUUCCCAAGCAACUUCCUAGGCGAAGACCCGAACAUCACUGGUCACUCAGCGCGCCUGUCUCGUGCGGCGCAGAUGUCAUUCCCCAAUGCGGGCAGACAAACAAGCGUUUAA